AUGGAGCCUCUGGUCUUCUUCUCGUGCGGCAACUUCUGUGCCGGCGGUAGGAAAGGGAUCGGCUCUCGAGGCGCGAACAGAGCCAACAGAUUCGGUGGCAAGUAUUGGGUCAUCGCUUCAGAUCAACAGACAAUCCGAAGAUAUCCGACCCGUUUCAAGAAGACCCGCAAACUUCGUGGACACGUGUCUCACGGACACGGACGCAUCGGUAAACACCGCAAACAUCCCGGCGGUAGAGGUAAACACCGCAAACAUCCCGGCGGUAGAGGUAAUGCCGGCGGUCAACAUCACCAUCGGAUUCAUUUCGAUAAAUAUCAUCCUGGUUACUUCGGCAAAGUGGGAAUGCGAACCUUUCACGUCAAGAAGAAUAGUCUGAAACACUAUUUGCCGACCAUUAAUAUCGAGCAGAUCUGGGCUCUGGUCGGCGAUCGUAUGCGAGAGCACUACCAGAAGAGCACCGACGGGAAGGCGCCCGUCAUUGAUGUCAUUAAACACUUUCACAAUCCGUUUCCUGCCGAGGGCUUCGUCGGCGACUAUCACUUCCGGUCCAAAAAGUCGUUUUCGCGGCUUCGCUUCUAG